UGCAGCGAGUAUAAUCAAAUAUGCGAUUAACAAAGAUAGCUGCAUCAGUUAAGAAAAUCUUUGCUAUCGUCUAUCUUCGUAUGUGAGUCAUAAUUUGGCAGGAUGCUGAGCGAGUGGAUGUUGGAACUAGAGAAUUGAAUCAAUGUUUUGUAUUGUUUUCUUAGUAGUGUGGUGUUCUUGAGGUGAAUAAAAGAAAAUAUUUUUCCUGCCGUGUUUUCAAAACGAGGAGUCAAAGUAUAUCAUGAAUGAAGUAGGUGUGAAGGCGAAGGUGCCGAAAACAAGCCCUAUUACAGACGACUAUGAAAUUUCCAACACAGUGUUAGGUCUUGGUAUUAAUGGGAAGGUCGUCCAGUGUUACAACAAGAGAACGAGGGAAAAGUAUGCUUUGAAGGUGCUGCAUGACAAUACGAAGGCAAGGCGGGAGGUCGAUUUGCAUUGGAGGGCCAGCAACUGUCGGCAUAUUGUGCAUAUAAUUGAUGUUUAUGAGAACAGUUACAGUGGAAACAAGUGCCUUCUUGUUGUUAUGGAGUGCAUGGAAGGUGGUGAACUGUUCCAGCGAAUACAAGACAGGCAAGAUGGAGCCUUCACUGAAAGAGAAGCAGCAGAAAUAAUGCGAGAAAUCUGCCUAGCUGUCAAACAUCUUCAUGAUAUGAACAUUGCUCACAGAGAUCUGAAGCCAGAAAAUUUGCUUUAUACAAAGCCAGAUCAUACAGGUAUACUAAAACUCACUGACUUUGGGUUUGCUAAAGAAACCUUUUCGAAGGAUACACUGCAAACACCAUGCUACACACCAUAUUACGUUGCACCUGAGGUACUUGGACCAGAAAAGUAUGACAAGAGCUGUGACAUCUGGUCAUUGGGUGUUAUAAUGUAUAUUCUGUUAUGUGGUUUCCCACCCUUUUACAGUAACCAUGGCCUGGCAAUAUCACCAGGUAUGAAAAAACGUAUACGAACAGGGCAGUAUGAUUUUCCAAACCCUGAGUGGCAGAAUGUUUCACAAGACGCAAAAGAUCUUAUCCGUGGUAUGCUGUGUAUCGAACCGACCCACCGCCUUACAAUAGAUCAAGUGAUGCAGAAUAAAUGGAUUGCUCAAUAUACAGAAGUACCACAGACUCCUUUACAUACUGGUAGAAUGCUGCGAGAAGGGGAAGAUAUCUGGCCAGAAGUUCAAGAAGAAAUGACACGCUCAUUAGCAACUAUGAGAGUUGACUAUGACCAGGUUCACAUAAAAAAUUUAGAUAAUUCGAACAACCCUCUUCUCAAUAAACGUCGUAAACGUGUUACAGGAGAUGCUGGUGGUAUUCACCAGCAAUAGUUUUGAACAGUGUCUGAAAUAUUUGCUAUAUUGAAUGGUGCUGUUAACAAAGUGAAGUGUGCCACAAUAGAACAUUGAUGGGGGGUUAUAUAAGACUCUGUACUGGGCUUAGUUUUGUGGUAAAGUGAUUUGUGAAACUGUAUGUGUGUCUGUGUGUGUUAAUUUUUUUGGCAUUUCAUAGGGGAGUAUUAACUUUGAGUAACAGAAAGUGCAGAGUUUGUUAGUACAAAUUCUUACAUCUGAGCUAAAAAUACAGUGAAAACGAGAGUUUUGUAUGGGUUGUAUGAUACUGUUUCUAUACAGUAAAUCAUUGAUAAUUUUUUGACAGUGUGCUUAAUCUCCUCUUUGAACUGUUGGUAUAUUUUAGCUACUUAAUUUUUCAAAACAGUAUUUAUGCACUUACGUUCAGCUGUGAAUUUCAUUUACUUUAGUUUUGUAAGAAAAUCUCAGUAUACUUCCAUGCAGAUCUUAAGAUCACCACAUCAGCCAAAGGAAGAGUUUGCCUGUAUCAACAAAUAUUUCUAUGGUUGGAUUGACAUGUUUAGAUUCUUAGCUAUGUAAAUAUGACCCCAUAAAUGAAUACACACUGACUUGAGUUCUUGAUCAUCAGUAUUUGUUGUACCAGAAUUGGAGAUAACCUAAGCAAUAUGAAGUGAUGAGGUUCGCAUUUGGGUGGUAGUGAUAUCAUUCUUAGGAAACUGAGUGCUGUGCAUUUUGAUGUGUAAUCUGUUUGUGUUUUGUUACACUUUCGUGCCUUAAAAAAAGCCAGUUAAAAGAAGAUUUAGGCUCAUGCCUUGGAGUUGUGUACCUAUGGCUUUGUUCAGAUAGUUCUUAGGAAAAAUAUGUGCAGAAGAUUUGUAAAUGAAACAGGUAGUAUCAGAAAAUAGAAGAAACAAUUAAAAGUGCAUUUUGUCCUGCUCAAAGUAAUAUUUCAGUUGUUUAUUUUCAUUUGUAAUUGCUUUAGAGCAUGGUUCUCUCCCAUUGAUACGGGAGAGUUGAUUGUGUUGUUAAAAACAAUUUUCAGUAGAUUGCAGACAAGACAUCAACCGGUUAACUGACAACAUAUUACUGCUGCAUUGUGUUGACAAAAAUUUGUAGAUGAAUAAAACCUGUAUGCACCAUUUGUGUAUGAUAAAUGCUGUUUUUGUAUUUUUGUCGGAAAUUAGUAUUAUGAAGUAUUUGUAUUAUUUUGAAAUGACACACAUUACUAAAUCUGAAAAGUGAUCAUAUUAUAAGCAAUCCAGAAUAGAAAAUAUUUGACUGCAGAAGCCAUGUGCAAAAAUUUGGCUCACAUUUAAUAAAUGUAUCAUGUAUAAGAUGCUGUGUAAUAUUUGUCAAUACAAACAAGCAAGUUGAUUGUUGAA